UUUUUGUUUUGAUUACAUUUUACGUGCAUAGCGAAGUUGCAAUAAUUUGUUUAAUGAGAAAUAAACAUGUUACGACACACUAUAAACAACUUUAGAAGUGUAAUUUAUGACAUUUGAACACAGUAACGCGUUAUAAUGAAUAAGGAACGACAGACGUGUACAAGAUCGCAGUUUAAAAACCGGUGUCAUGACCUCAUUUAAUAAAAACGUGUACAUUUUAUAUAGUUUUAUGUAUACAAAAUGAAGAAGUGUGACGCAUACUGACGGGUAUCAGGUUUACCAAAAAACAAGCUUGUGCAAAACAUUAAGGAUAAUGUUUAAUUAGGUGAACAUUGCAAAACGAUAAAGUGCUGCGUGCGACUUCCCGCUGUUGGUCGGUUUCUAAUUAUAGCUGUAGUUCUACAUAGCUAUGUCAUUAUAAAGUCAUCGUUUGGUCCAAAUAGCUGCGUAUAAUAAAAUACAGAUUGCAACCUAACCUACUUUUUUGAAGACUACUUUUUGUCCAGUUGAAGGGUGUGCCCUUUCCAUCAAACCAGUGAUUCAAACUCUUUGCUAAUUGUAAAGGAGGUUGUAUUUGGAAACCGAUUGCAGAUAAAAUGGCUGAGCUGCCAGUGUUUAAAAAAUGUUGUUUUUGUAUACCUUUACGGUAUGGCUUGCUGACCUGGGGGUAUCUGAAACUGGGCAUAGCACUGAUAAUUCUGAUCAUAUUCCUUAUUCUGCUGUCUCAAAUACCUGUAAACCACAGGCGAGAUCUAAACAUUGUUAUAAUGAUAGUCGUGGUAUUAAUGACUGAGGUUGUAAUCCACUGCUCAUUCAUUGUUGGUGCACACAAGAAAAAUGUAAAGAUAUUAAGACUUUACUUCUACUACGCCCUCUUCAUGUGGGCGGUGACUAUGAUGGCCGCAGUUAUCGCCACUGGACUACUUUCGGUCAGUUUAUUCUUCAGAAAAGAUUCUUUCCUUGAAAUCCUAGUUUUCGCAUUGAACGUUAUAGGAUUUACAUUUUCUAUUGCCAUCCAGACCUUCCUGCUACUGGCUCUGAGGAGUGAAAUAAUCAAGCUUCGAAGUAACUGUCCGUACAGGUUCGUUAAGGACGACAAUGAGCCUGAAGGAACCAUCACUCCCGUCAACCAAAACCAAGAUAUUACCUCAACUAAUAGUACAGAACCUAUACACAACAAAAAUAUAUUUUAAUGAAAUUUAUGACCUAGGAAUUAAGUGUAAAAACUCAUUUUUGAGUACCGCUGUCACGAUUGAAAUGUUUGAUAUAUUAGAUAAUUGAGUAAAAUCACGAAACUGUAGGUGCUCGAUUAGUUUCAAAACUUUACCAGGGCUCAUGACCAUUUACAGCACUCCCGUCAGUGCUGAGAUUGUAUCUACAUGAAGUAAUUCACUUCUUCACACGAAUUUAAACCU